AUUUCAUGUGGGAGAUCAGGCUAUAAAACCCCAAAUGUGCAUCUGCAGCUUGGUCUUCCCAGUGGCGCAGUAGGGUUUGCACUGAAAAAAUGUGACUUUCAGCCGUCCUCGUUGUCGUUGCCAUCUCAGUGGCACUGUCCGGGAGUGUCACAAUUAAGACCUUGGUAUUUCCCAGUGAAACAAGUGACAGUUAUGUUGAGAUGGUCCCUCUGAAACCACUGCAGCUGAAGGCUUUCACUCUGUGCAUGCGUUUGGCCACAGAGCUCAAAGGCGAGCGAGAGGUCAUCCUCUUUGCAUACCGAACUGGAGACUAUGACGAGCUGAACGUGUGGCGCGAACUGGACGGCAGACUGUCCUUCUACCUCAGUGGCGAUGGUGUUUUCUUCCAAGUCCCUGAGCUCGGUGCCCUAAAGACGCAUCUGUGUGUAACAUGGGAUUCCAGUUCUGGUGCAGCUACCGUCUUCAUGGAUGGAAGGAAAAGCUUGACCAAAAUCUACAAGAAGGGUCACACCAUCCGCGCAGGAGGAAAAGUUCUCCUUGGACAAGAUCCAGAUUCUUACUUGGGUGACUAUGAUGCCAAACAGAGUUUUGUUGGGGAGGUUUGUGACGUAAAUAUGUGGGACUCUGUUCUGCCAGACAGGACGAUCAAAGACCUGGUCUCUGGGAAGAGAGUACAAAGAGGAAAUGUUUUUGACUGGGAAACCAUACAGCUUAAGAUUUCUGGGACAGUAGAGGUCAUUCAUCGUGAAUUGUAGCUUCUGCUUUAAUAAAAAUGUUGUAAUGUCAAGUAAGGCAACAUAAAGCUCUGAAGCCAACAGAAGCCAUCAAUAUCCCUGUAUGACAUGCAUGAAGAUGAUUUAUUGAUGAAGAUACAAAUCUGUGAACGAAAUGUUUUCUGGUCCAAUAAAAAUUCAUGCUUAAACUGUCA